AAUCAACAAACGACGAUCCAAUGUUAUUCCGAUUCAGCAGUGUCGUGUCAAUUUAUGUUAUUGUUAUUGUUUGUUAACGCAAAAACAAUAAUUUUAAUUUGAUGGAAAUUCAUCUCAACGUCUUCUUGUAUGAAUGAAACAAUUUUUGAUUCAUUUUAGAUAUAUGGUCUUAAAAGUGCAAAUGAAAUAAAAUGUGGAACAAGAUUUCUCAAGCUGCUGGUCUAUCUGCUCCUGAUGCAGAAACUGAAAGUGCAGAGGAAGAAAAUGUUGCUAGUGAGGAGCAUGAGCAACUUCAACAGCAGCAACUCAUGGUUAAACAACUCAAAGACUUAUUACGAGAAAAUGAGAAACGUUUUCAGGAUAAGGAAAAGGAAUUACAGGAUAUUGCUAAUAAGUUCCAGAAAUUCAAAUUGCAGUCAAAGGCAAAGAUUUCACAUUUAACAAAUCAACUCAAAGAGAAUGAAAAGUCAGCAAAAAAAGAAGACUGUGAUUUUGAUGACACAUCUAGUUCUGAUUCUUCUGAGCAAAGUCAGCGUGGAAAACUUCUUUUUUUGAAAAAACAAUUGGGGCAAGUUAAGCAGCAACUAGAAAAAAAAGAUGAAGAGCUGAAGAAAAUUACAGAAAGUUUUGAAACUCGAGUGUUUGAUUUGGAAACCCAGCUGAAUGAAAAAAAUAUUUUAAUUUCCUCACUUGCUGACAAAAAUAUAGCUGAUAAAGAGCAAGAAAAUGUUGAUAAAUCUCCUAAAAGAGAGUCAAAUGUUCAAGAAAUGUAUGCACAAAUUGUGUAUAAGGAUUCAAAAAUACUGGAACUUAAUAAUCAAAUUUUAGAGCAUGAAAAACAAAUAAUGGAUUUGCAAGAGCAUAUUAAAGAAAAAGAUGAAGUUUUGCAACAACGAAAUCGAGCUGUUCAGUUGAUGGCUGAAGACCUAAGCAGGAAAGGUCAAACCGUUGUUAGUGAAUUAGAUGAAACCCGUGAUCAGAUGAAAAUAAUGCAAGAAAAUUUUGCUUCAACAGAGCUGGAAUGGAGAAAUGAAUUAGAAAAGCAAAAGUCACGCAUAGUAGAACUGGAAAAGGAAAUGUUAGAACAAAAUAAGAAACUAAAAAAUACUGAAUUAUCAGCCAAAAACUUGGAAUCUGCUCGAUAUGAACUCAGUGUAAAAAAUGCUGAGCUUCAAAAGAAAAUAGUUGUUGUUCAAGAGAGUGCAGCAAAGCAGUGCGAAAUGUACAACAAAGAAAUAGAAGGAGAGUUGGAGAAUUUGAAAAAAAGUCUUGAAGCAGAGAAGAAACAUUCUGCUGAUCUUCAAGUGUCUUUAGAUGAAUUCAAUACUCAGUCAGAAAAUAAAGUAUUAAAGGCCAGGGUUAAGGAAAGAACUAAGUUCAAAGCUUUAGAAAGAGAACUCAAUGCUUUGAAAAAGAGUAAUGAAGAAAAACCGAAAGAAAUCCUUGAGCUGCAGCAGCAUAUUGCUGAAUUGGAGGAAGAUAAGGGAUCGCUUCAGCUGAAGAUAAUGGAUUAUGAAGAACAGAUCAUUCUUUUAGAUAAAAUAAAGGAUGACAAUGAAAAACUAAGUUCUGAUCUUAAGGAAGCUUUGAACAAAGUAGAGCAAUAUACAAAACAAAUAACUGAGUUAGAAGCUGAUAAUGAUGCUUGGAAAAAGAAAUUCCAGUCAUUAGAAGAAAAUACGAACCUUCUUCAAGAACAUCUCAGCAGAUUAUCUGAAGAAAAACACAAUCUAGAACGAAAAGUAAUGGAGAAGAAGCAGCUUGAAAGAGAUUAUGCUAUUCUGAAAUCGUCUCAUAGUGAAUUUGAGAAUAUGUAUAAUGAAACAGUGAUGACACUGAAUGAACUAAGAGAUAUUAAAGUUUCUUUUGAAUUGAAGAACAUUGAAUUGGAAGAAAUGAGAGAAAGUGAUGAAAAAAUUAGAAGAGAGCUAGAGCUUCAAAUUCAUCAACUGCAAGACAUGCUCAACAAUGAAAGUAAACCUGACAUUCAGAUGCAAAAAGAAUAUUUAGAACUGAAAGACCUGUUACAAACUGUGACUCAGAGUUUAAGUUUUUCUGAAAACCAAAUAAAACAGCUCAGUGAAGAGGUAGAAGUUUUAAAAAGUGAGCUUAAUAAGAAAGAGCUUGAAGUAAAUAGUUGUGUCAAAGAACUUGAAGAAAAGAAUAAUUUACUUUUAUCUAAAGAAGAAAUAGUGGGUAACCUGAUGUCCGAAGUAGAAAAACUGGCAGAUAAUGUAAAAUCUCAGACUCAACACUUAUCGGAAUUAAACGAAAUAAUUGUCUUGAGAGAUACUGAAAUUUCUAAUCUCAAAUCUGAGUUACAAGAAAAAACUUCUUCAGAAUUGCUGUUAGGGGAACAAAUUAAUCAGUUUGAGGAAAGAAUUCAACAUUUUAAGUCUUCAAAUUCUGAAAUGGAAAACUCUUUUCAAGAAUUCAACUCUCAGAUUAUUGCAUUGCAGCAAAGUAUUUCUAGAAAAGAUUUAUAUAUAUCUGAGCUUGAAUCUUCAUUACAAAGUAGAACUGUUGAUUUAGAUGCUCUUAAUCAACAGCUUGAUGACUUGCAUAGAACUGCUUUGGAUUUUGAUCGUUUAAAAGUAGAACAAGAAAAAGUUGUCAAUCAGUUGAAGCUUCAGAAACAACAUAAUGAAGAGCUUCAACACCAAAUUUUAGAAAAAGACAAUUUUGUUACAAAACUUCAGUCUGAGUUAGAAGAUAAAUCUUCUUCUGUGUCUUCCUUGACUCUGACUACUCAAAAGCAGUCAGAAAAGUUGGAACAGUUAUUGAAGCAUCAAGAGGGUCUCACUGAGGAAUUGUUAUCAUUGAAAGCUAAGUCUGUAGAACUGACUGACAUGAAUUCUGAGAAAGAUGAUUACAUCUUAAAGCUGCAAUCAGAAUUGCAAGGUAAAAUUGCUACUGAGAUUUCUUUAACGCAAACUGUCCAGCAACAGCUGGACAACCUGACACAGUCUCUGAAGCAACAGGAAAGUUUAAGUAACGAGUUGGAGCGAUUGAAAAAUGAUCAGAUUGCUGAAACUGAAAAAGUAAAAUCUAAGAUGGUUUCAUUACUUGAACAAAUUGAAGAUUUAGAAAGUGAACUGUCUCGCAUUCAAGUUGACUUAGAUUCUAAAGAAAAAGAUUUGAUAGCAGCUAGAAGUGAAAUAGCUCAACUACAAAACGAAAAAACUGACCUAUCUAGAACUUUCAAAGAAACUGAAGAUCUAUUGAGAAAGAAAUCUGAUUUGGCAGAUAAAUGGGAGCUCGAAUAUAAAAACAGCCAAGAUGAAGUGGACAUAGUUAAAAAAGAGAAUGACCAAUUAAAAUGUGAUUUAAGUGAAAGGGUUGUUGAGCUAUCAUCAUUGAAUCAGACUAUUUCUGAAACUAAAAAAUGUUUAGUGGAAAAAAGUGAUGAAGUGGCAAAUCUGACUGCAGAGUUUGAAAUUAUAAAAACUGAUGCUCUUAACAAAGAAAAAACCAUCAAGAAACUUGAAGAACAAAAUGUUAUUCUAAAACAAGAAGUAAAGCAUUCUAAUUUGUCUUUAUCAGAAAAAGAAGAAAUUUACAAAAAGAAUAUGGAAGAAAAGCUGAAAUUCGAAGCAAAUUUCCUUCAAUUAACUGAAGAAUGCGAGUUGAAAGAUCUGACUUUGAAAUCCAAAUUGGAAGAGUGUGAACUGCUGAAUUCAAAAAUUGAUGUGUUGACAAAAUCCAUUGAAGUAAGUGAAAAUUCUGCACAAAACCUUUCAGUUGAAUUGGAACACAGUCAGAAAGAAUUUUUAAAGUUAAAAACACUUUCAGAAGAACAGCUGUUGGAUAUUCAGAAAAAGGAAACAGAAAUGCUUGAAAUGCAAAAGGUUAUUCAUGAAUUAGAAAACGAAAUUAUUGUGCAAAAGGAGAAGUUAAAUAAUUAUGUGUCAACUCAUGAAAAGCAAUUAACUUAUUCUAACGAACUUUCAAAUAAACUGUGCUUGGUUGAAAGUGAUUUAAAGCAGCGUGAUUUGGAAAAAGAGCAAUUAGAGCAAGAAUAUAUUUGUUUACAAAAAACUUUUGAUGAUGAGACAAAUAUGAAGAAAGAACUUGAAUGCCAAAUACUGAAUUAUAAAGUCGAAAUUGAAAAAAUAUCAGAGGAAAGAAAUCACUUAGAACAGAAAAAUGCAAUGUAUUCUGAUCAAAUAUCAUCUUUCAUUGCUGAAAUUGAAAAAUAUAAACAGCAAGAGGCUGAUUCUAAUAAUAGCAUUUUAUGUUUGAAUAAAUUAAAUGCCGAACUUACUGAAAAGUGCAAUACUUUCGAGUUGGCUGCCAAAGAAUUUGAAAAUCAGUGUAAAGGACUUAUGGAACAAAUUAAUGUCUUGAACCAGAAGUGCCACCAAUAUGAAAAAUCAAUAUUAGAAGAAAAUGAGAAAGCUUUGCAAGAACUGCAAGUGUAUAAAACCCUUUCAGACGAGCAGUCGUUGACUAUUCAGAAAAAGGAAGAAGAUAUGGUUGAAAAGCAAAAUCUUGUUCAUCAAUUAGAAAAAGAAAUUAUUGUGCAAAAGGAAAAGUUAAAUAACUAUGUAUUAACUAAAAAGAAUAUGCUUUUUGCUUCUGUUAAGGAGCUGGAGACAAAAUUGAGCAAUUGCGUAGAAGAAAAUGAAAAAUUAAAAUGCAACAAUAUUCAGUUGCAAGAUGUAAUAAAAGAGAAAAAGCUAAAACGAUACCAGAAUGAAACUGCAGAAUCACAUGUCCUUGAAUCAUCUCAUAAUGUCAGUAAUGGACUUCAAGUUGAGAUUGACAACUUGCGCAAGGAGUUGCAAUUGAUUGAAGAGCAGAAGAGUUCUUUACUUCAGCAUUUAGAAAAUUCUAAUUCACAGUUGCAGUUAUGUGUCAAUGAAAAGAUUGCACUAGAAGCAGUAGUGGAGCAGAUGAGGAAGAAGUUUGAUGAUUUGAUAGAAACAAAUAAAAACUUGUCAAACUCAUUUGAGGAGACACAACUUGUAUUAAAAGCUAAAGAAGAAAGUGUUAAUAUUUUAGAGAACAAAUUGCAAGUGAGUACAAGGGCAUUUGAAGAAUUGUGUGAGGAGUUAGAAAGGCUGAAAAGUCUUCAAACUGACUCGCAGGUUCGAGAGUCACAAAAAAUUACUGCUUUGGAGCGAAGUGUUACAUCUUUAAAAUGUACAAUAACUGAUUUGUGGUCCACCUUCUCACAAAUUGAUUCUAUUAGGGAUUUUGAUUUCAAUUUAGCAAAUCUGCCCCCAGAGUUUGAUAAGGAUAGUCUAAAAAUAAUAACCAGUUUUUGUUCAGAAAUAAUGAGGCUAAAAAGUUUACAUGAUGAGGAAAGAGAGAAAUUUCAAGCUUAUGCAGAUGAAUGUGAUAUUAAAAAUAACGAGCUUAAUGAAGAACUUCAGCUUUUGCAAAGCAAGUUGAAAAAUUAUGAAACUGUUGGGCAUAGUGAUGAAAAGUCUGAAGAAAUACAAAUGAAAAAGGAUGUUAUUUUACCUGUUGGUGUAAGCCAAAAAUUGGACAAAGAAUUGCUACUUCAACAAAAUCUAGAUUCUAUGCCUGUACUUCCUGAUUAUCAAAAAGAAAAUGAAUCUUUAAAAGAGGAAAUACACUCUCUGAAGCUGAAAAGUGCUAAAAUGUUGACAAAGUUGAAACUUUUUAGAGAUAAAACAGAUAAAUUAUCUGAUGAUCUGAAGUCAGCAAAAGAUUCAAAUGAAGAAAUUAGGCAUUUGUAUAAUAAAUCAAUCAAAAAUGAAAAAGAUUUGCAAUCUGUGAUAUCUUUGCUGAAAGGUGAAAAUGAAAUGCUCUUGAGUAAACUGCAAGCCAUGGAAGCGAAACAACUUCAGAUGGUUGAUAAAUCAAAUGAUAUUGUCUCCCAGCUGAAAGAGCGCAAUAUGUUGCUGGAUGAGGAAUGCAGCAAAUUGAGGAAAGAAUUGCAAGAUUACAGGUACACAUGGGAGCAGUGUAGUAUUUCAUAUGAGCUUCAGAAAGAAGAUAAUGAACGGUUAAGAACUAAACUAGCUCAAGCAGCAGAGGAAGUCGAACUCUUCAAAUCGAAAGCAUCAGAGUUAAAUUUGCAGCUGGUGCAGUUAGAAAAGGAAAACAUACAUCUCAGACAAGAAACUCAGAAUUUGCAAGAACAUACAAAGAUGCUCUUAUCAGACAAUGAUACUUAUCAAGGCUUAACUGAAAGGUUAACUGCUGCAAAGAGUGGGCUGGAACAGAAAAUAAUUGAUAUGAAAGAAAAGUUUGUAGCAGAAAAAGCAGAAUUGGAGAAAAAAUUAGAUCUUAAAAAAAGUGAAGUCGCUGAAACAGGCAUUGAAUUGAGGGGUCUUGAUGAACUUGAAAGCGAAAAUACUUCUCUUAAAAAUUUGUGCGAGGAAUUGAAAUCUGAUCGACAAUUAAUUCAGAGAGAGCGAGAUACGUAUUUAAAAAAUAAGAAUUUGCUGGAGAAGGAAAAAUUGUAUUUGCAACAGCAAUUGCUAGAAAAAGUUGAUGAAAUUGACAGAAUAAAUUGUCAGUUACAAGAGGCUAUGAGCAAUAGAUCUCAAUCAAAUGUGCAAUCAGUAAUGGAUGCAUCUCUGUCUGGAACUGAUUUGAUUGAGCAGUAUGAAGAAAAAGUCAAUGACCUUAAAGAGGAAAAUCGAAGCUUGAAAUCAAAACUUAAUUCACUUACUCAAGAACUGAACUUAACUAAUAAGAAGUUUGAGUUUUUGCAAAAUGACAUUCAAAACAAAGAAAGCGUGUAUAGGGAUCAAAUAUCAAUUGCAGAAAAACAACUGGUUGCUUCACAGCAAAGUAGUUCAAGUUUUGACACUAAAAUGCAGGUUCCCAGCAAUGAUGCAAACUUGCAGAAUGAGUUGCAGCAAGCAAUGAGCAGCUUACAUCGCCAAGGCCUAAGAUGUGAAGAGCUCAGUGUGGAAGUCAGCAGGCUUUUAGAAGAAAGAAAUAACUUACAGUGGAGGUUACAACAGUGUCAACAAAAUACUCUUCAGAAAUCACAUGAAAGUAACCUUCAGUCGUCUGAAUGCCUGACGAUAGAGGUCGAAUCUCCCUCUGGAACCAAUUUUGAAAUGAACCAACUAAGUCAUUCCAAUAUCAAGUUGCUUCAGGAGCGUAGAUUACAGCAAAGUGAGAAGACAUGUCAGGAGUUGCGUAGAGCAAAUGAAGCCUUAGACCAAGCACUCAUUCAUGAAAGAGACCAAAAGAGACAAAUCGAAGAAGAGCUUGGCUAUGCACAAGAGCAUUUAAACAUUGAAGCAAAAGCAUCAGAUGAGUAUCAAAUUUUACUUGGAGAUCUUGAUGAACCAGAGUUAUUUGCUGAAACAAACUUCUCUAUAAGUCGAAAUGUGAAAACACAUGCCUACAAAUUUCGAAGAUGGCUGAAUGGUCGAAAGAACUACCUGUACAGAACUAUUAAAGGCAGAAAAUAUCCACAGCUGAUAUAUUUAUUUUACAUAUUUUUUAUUCAUGUGUGGUUAUUAAUGUGCAUAUUUUAGAUAACAAAUUGUAACAUAAAAAUAAAUAUAUUUUCCUAGGGUAAAAGAUCGAUUUUGUAUUCUGUGAUAGAAUUAAUUUUUUGUUAUUGCUUUUAACUAAAAAUUCAGCAACUUGUAUUUUUAAUCUCUGCAUGUAAAUUUGCAUUUAUUUUUGUGUUGAUUAUGAAUGUAAUUUUUGUGAAAAAUAUUUUAAAUAUCUGUGCAUUUUAUUGCACUUUCAUUGCAUAUUGUUAAUGAAAGUGCGAAAGAUCAUAUUCAUACAUCUAAGAGCUAAAUUUUUCAGGCGAACAAAAUACUAUUUUUUUCUUUAUGAUUUGUUCCUAUAUUAUAUGUUUUUUUUUUUUUUUU